ACACUCACAGCAGAUCAUCAUCAGACCAUGAGUGUCAGUUCAACACGGAGCAGCGGGGAAGAACUCGACGAGCUGGAGUCAGUUAGCUGGUAUCAUUAUGAUUUGUCCCGGCAUGCAGCUGAAGCCCUUCUCCUUUCGAAUGGGGUAGAUGGGAAUUUUUUACUCCGAAACAGCAACAAGGGUCCUGACUGCUUUGCUUUGUCUGUCCGAGCAAAGGAUUCAGUGAAACACUUUCAUGUCCGGCGGCAGUUUGGCAGAUAUUCCUUUGGCUUCAAUGAAUUCCCUUCCCUUCAGGAUUUUUGCAGUCACUUUGCCAAUCAGCCUCUGCUAGGCAGCGAGACAGGAAACCUGAUAGUGCUACGGUUCCCGUACCCACGGCAGGUGGAAGAGCCAUCUAUUUAUGAGACGGUGUGUGUGCAUACGGCCAUGCAGACAGGCCGGCAUGAAAAUGACCUGGUGCCUAAUGCUCCAGCACUUGGCACAAAAGAGGGUUAUCUGGUUAAACAAGGAUCGCUUAUCAAGAACUGGAAACAGAGAUGGUUCACACUGAAUAGAUAUGAACUCAAAUAUUUCAAGGACAAAAUGUUUGUAGAGCCGAUACGAACCCUGAAUCUGACGGAGUGCUCGGCUGUACAGUUUGAUUACAGUCAGGAGAGGGUCAACUGCUUCUGUCUGGUGUUCCCCGAGAGGACGUUUUAUUUGUGUGCAAAAUCCGGUGCUGAAGCAGACGAAUGGAUUAAGUUACUACGAUGGAAACUGUCACAGGUAAAGAAAGGUCGAUGAUGUUCAACAUGGAGAAGUAGCACUGGAGCGAUGUGAGCUGUGUCCAGUUUUAUGUUAGUAAUUACACAGGAUUCAUUAGCUUCAUCUGAUUUGGCAUUAUGGUAGAUAUCGCAUGAAGAUAUAAUCUGGCCACUGAAUCACACAUGCAAGAUUUUCCAUCUAGAUCAAGCGAAGUCCCAAGGGACAAUGCUAUCAUGUUUUAAAAAGAGUCUGGAGGUGGUGCAUUACCAAUGUUUUUUU